AAAGAGGGAAGCUGAUGAAGUGAAAGCUUGGCUAUUACGAAGUAAAAAGGAGUCUCGGGCUCAGAAUAAUCUGUCAACCUGAAUGGUUUCUAUGGCGCCGCGUCAUUAAAUGGUGCAGAAGUGCAGCGGGAUCAUUACGCAACGUACCGCCUACCCUAAUUACAGACUGAAAAAUGUCGGAAAUUGUGGACACCGAGCUCCUGGUCAACUGCACCAUUCUCGCCGUCCGGCGAUUCGAGCUGAAUAGCAUUGUGAACACCACACUGCUGGGCAGCCUCAACAGAACCGAGGUGGUCAGUCUCCUGUCCAGCAUUAUCGACAACCGGGAUAAUCUCGAUAGCAUCAACGAGGCCAAAGACUUUUUAACCGAGUGCCUGUUUCCAUCGCCGACACGACCGUACGAGUUGCCAUGGGAGCAGAAAACGAUUUGGGCCAUUAUUUUCGGUCUGAUGAUGUUUGUGGCCAUCGCCGGCAAUGGUAUUGUUCUCUGGAUUGUAACAGGACAUCGCAGCAUGCGGACGGUCACAAAUUACUUCCUGCUGAACCUGAGCAUUGCCGACCUGCUGAUGUCGUCGCUGAACUGCGUCUUCAACUUUAUAUUCAUGCUGAAUUCGGAUUGGCCAUUCGGAUCGAUUUAUUGCACAAUCAACAAUUUCGUGGCCAACGUCACGGUCUCCACCUCCGUCUUCACGCUCGUGGCCAUCAGCUUCGAUAGAUACAUCGCCAUUGUGCAUCCGCUGAAGCGCCGCACGUCGCGUCGGAAGGUGCGCAUCAUCCUGGUCCUGAUCUGGGCACUCAGCUGUGUGUUGUCGGCGCCCUGUCUGCUCUACUCCAGCAUCAUGACCAAGCACUAUUACAAUGGAAAAUCGCGGACAGUUUGUUUCAUGAUGUGGCCGGAUGGCAGAUAUCCCACUUCGAUGGCGGAUUAUGCGUACAACCUGAUCAUCCUGAUACUGACCUACGGCAUUCCCAUGAUAGUGAUGCUCAUCUGCUAUUCCCUGAUGGGGCGAGUCCUUUGGGGCAGCCGAUCGAUCGGCGAGAACACGGAUCGCCAGAUGGAGUCGAUGAAGUCGAAGCGGAAGGUGGUGCGCAUGUUCAUCGCCAUCGUGUCCAUCUUCGCCAUCUGCUGGCUGCCGUACCACCUGUUCUUCAUCUACGCCUACCACAACAACCAGGUGGCAUCCACGAAGUACGUGCAGCACAUGUAUCUCGGUUUCUACUGGCUGGCCAUGUCCAAUGCCAUGGUCAAUCCGCUCAUCUACUACUGGAUGAACAAGAGGUUUCGGAUGUACUUCCAGCGUAUCAUCUGCUGCUGCUGCGUGAGCCUCACCCGCCACAGGUUCGACUCGCCGAAGAGCCGGCUGACCAACAAGAACAGCUCGCACCGGCACACAAGAGCGGAGAACAAAAGUCAGUGGAAGCGCAGCACCAUGGAGACCCAGAUCCAGCAGGCGCCGCUCACCAAUUCUGGGCGGGAUCAGAGGACCGCCCAGCCACUGAAGGCGGUGGACGGGCCCAGUCGCGUGGGCGUGGAGUGCAUCAUGGAACGGCCGGCGGACGGGAACAGUUCGCCGCUCUGCCUUUCGAUCAACAACAGUGUCGGCGAGCGGCAGCGCGUGAAAAUCAAAUACAUCUCCUGCGACGAGGACAAUAAUCCAGUGGAGCACACACCCAAACAACUGUGAUGCUGGCCCGAUUUGUCCUGCCACUCGAACGGAUUGUGAAUCCUCGCUCUGGCUCUUCGUUUCGCUGCGGGGGAAAUGCAAUUUGCCAUUGCUUACUCUAUUCUGUACAUACACCCACUCCCGCAAAACGAAGAAAAACGCAUGCAGAGCAGGGUGGGUCGAUUUUUGGCACAGAAAACAGAAAAUAAUUUAUUAUUCAAAAAACCCUAUAACAUUAAUAAAAUUACGUAUCAUUUGAGAAAUACAUUUCAAAAAUGUUAGCUCUUCUUGGUCUUAAAUGUUAUCAGUAACAAAGGGUUUUACUGAAUUAAUUUUCUGGAAUAAGUAGAUAAGCAAUUUUGUACUAAACCUUGUUAUAGGCAUUUAGUUAAUCAUUUAUAACCAUUUAUGUUUUAAUUUUUUUUUCCUCUUUAAUUUACUUGAGUCCAUGCGAAUCGAACCACCCUAAUGCAAAGUCGAAUUUCCGGUUGUCAAAAGAAAAUGCUUCAGCAAGAAAAAAUAAAUUUCCAAUAAAUAGAAUUUGUAUGUAUAUACGAUAUAUAAAAGGAUGUAUUGACACUUUAACCAUCGAAGAGCUGUAAGUUUUAACUGUUGUAAACAUCUAGGCUAA